CCCAUUUUUAUCCUCACAAAAAAUUUCCGCUGGGGGUCUGGGGGGCGUUUUGAUUUUCGAAGCUACUUUUAGCGUAUGGGAUUUUCUCCUUCUAAAAUUCAGAACGUGGGGGUCACUUGAUUAUAAAUGUGCUUGUUGAAGACGAAACGUUUGCAAUCUUUUGAGUUAAACUUCACCCAUGGCCAGUGUUAAUUCUGAGGAAGAAGUGGUUGAAACGGCGAACGAGGAGAAGCUGAAAUGCGUCGAUAAAACAGGGCUUGUGUCAGAAAAUUGUAAAAACCUGAAAUGGUUGCUCUGCCCUCAUUGUGAUUCCAAGGUUUUGCAACCAAACAAGGGAGAAUACCUUGAGAAAGACUAUGUUCUACCAUUCACAUCUGCGAAGCACGAAGUCCCCGAGGAGUCGGAAAGAGAAACGCUUUCUCAAUUCUGGUUAGUGAUAGACAUGUAUACUUUUGAAAAUGUUGGUUUUUCAAAAACUGUUGAUACAACCAAGUAUCUGAUAUGUGCGGACUGCGAGAUAGGACCAAUUGGGUUUGUCAAUCUGGACGAUAAGAGUAAGCAUUAUGUUGCUUUGAGUCGGGUCAAACAUGAGUGAUGGAUAGCAUUGUCUUUCAAUAACGGAAGUGUGUAGAUAUCAUCUGCUAAAAGCAAAGAUCCAUGAAUCUUCAUACAGAAAGCACUAAUCAUUAUUCAAAUGCAAAUCUGGACAUAAAUCAUUCUUUUGACAAAAACAACAUGAAUGCCUCAAUUAAAAAAAGUUAGCUAUUUUUUAUCUCUAAAAUAUUUUUGGUUACACUGUAACAGGAUUGCCCUUAAGUAUGACUACUAAAUUCAAGCAAAUGUUGUAAUAAAUAUACUCUUUUAUUAACUCUAUAUUUACAAAAUUUUACUACUUUCAAAUGUCCUUGUAAUAAAUAUAUAGGAAUGAGUAAUCUAAUAGAAAAAUUCA